UUCCUCUCUGGUUACACUGGAUUCUGAAAAGACACGAUCGUCGCUGAGGAGUGACGCAUUCUGACGUGAGACAAUGCACACUCUCAACAUAACAGCCCGGAAGUUUCUGAAGAAAUCCAUUAAGUUUUCGUGUUUUUCUCAGCACCAAGCGACCGAGAACAGAUGGCGGGGUUCGAUCUCGUGCCUGUAGAUGGUGGCAGUCCAAUACACCUGCCCGAGGGGGAGACACUGCUGGGAAGGGGUCCAUUCCUUGGCGUCAGCGACAAAAGAGUCUCCAGACACCACUGCCUCCUUGAGAACCUGAAUGGGCAGCUGCGCAUCAAACCUACGCAUGUGAACCCCUGCUUUAGUCAGUCCUCGCUGGAUGACCUCCCACAACCCCUGGACAGGAACCAGUGGCAUAAACUUGGACAGGGAGACAUCAUCUCCCUCCUUCCUGGGAAGUACAUCUACAAGGUGGUGGCCCUGAGUGGAGAAGAUGAAACACCCAGAAACAGUCAGGCUCUUCAAGAUGAAGACGAGGCUGCUUUUAAGUCUCCUCCUGCCUCCCCUGAACCAAGCGACGAACCUGCUUACCCCACUCGACAGGGCAAGGGGUGGACACCAAGCUCCCAUGAACAACAAUCUAGACUGGGAGGUAGUGUGGACCAGAAGGAGCCAGAUGAACAGCUACCUAACCCACCUACCUCAAACCAGACAGAAGCUGGGGUAGCUGAAGCAGAAAAUGACAAGAAAGAGCUGAAACUUGAACCAAAGAAAAGAGUGUUACCUGCUUGGAUGACUGUACCCAUUGCAUCUCCCAAGAACCCCACCACCACCAAAGGAUUUGGAAAUCGAGACAGAGGAAACGCAACCCCAACGACAAGCACCAACCAGGGCGCGGCCAAACGGGCCAGGUACACAGCGCCCUCCUCAGGGGAGGAAGAGUCUGAACACAGCGAGGCAGAGCCAACACCCAGGAAGAGGGUGAGGAGGAAGAAGAGUGACGAGGAUGAGAACAAUGAGGAAGAGGUCCCGUCUACAACAGCAUUUAAAGCCAGGCAGCAGGUGAAGCCUAGUAAAGUAGAGGAGAGUGAGGAGUCGGACCACUUUGACGUGGAGGAGGAUGAUGGAGAGAAGAGAAGAGGAGAAGCUUCCCCAGCGAAAGGCAGCAGCACUUCUACGAGCAGAGCGGAGGCCAGCGAGUCCGAGGACAGGGAGAGACGGCCUCAGAACGGUCAGAAGGUCGGCAAGGGGCCUCAAGGGUCAGGUGACGUUUCAGGCCCCGCCCAGUCCAAAGCUCGGCUCAGGACGACCUGCCCCUAUGGAAAGGACUGUUACAGGAAAAACCCAGUCCACUUCCAAGAAUGCAGUCACCCUGGCGACAGCGACUACGAGGACAGUUCCGCGAAAGACGAGGAGGAAGAGGAGGACGCGGACCGGCCUGAGUGUCCAUACGGCACAGACUGCUAUAGGAAAAACCCUCUCCACUGGAAGGAAUACAAACACACCAAGAAGACUCGAGCGAAAAAGCCGGUAUCAUACAACAACGAUGAUGAUGAUGAGUUUGGGGACGAUGACAGCUUCAUCAAUGAUGAGAGCGAGGACAUUGGUGAAGACUCUGACUAUGAGCCACCUGACUCAGAAGACAGUGGCAAAGAGGACCUCGAAACACUCAAGAAAGAAGCCAAGGCCUUCACAAGGCCGAAAUGAACUAUGGCCUAAACUGGAAUAAUCUCCCCUUACCUGUUUUAAACUAAGCGUGCUAUUUAAGUGGAGUAUAUCUUUUUUUUCCUCUAUUUAAACACCCUUGGAAUCCAGCAGGUCUACAAUCUCGAAUAAUAUUAGUCUCCCUGUGCUGGGAAAAUACAGUCAGCAAUUUACCCCAUCAGUUGGGAAGAAUCAAUAACGGGAUUCUUGACUGAUUUGUGUAUGAGGAUGUCAUAUUGCUGACUUUACCUUUUUAAAUGUAUGUGUGAUAAACUGAUACUUUCUUGGAUAGUAAUUAAUCACAAGCAUUUUUUAAGUGUAUGAAUUCUUGGUUAUUGGUUUGUUUGAAUAGUAUGGACAAGCAGUUUAUUUUUAUUUUUUACUUUGUUUAAAAACAAAUUAUCAGUGCCUUCAGAAAAUAUUCACACGCCUUGACUUUUUUUCACAUUUUGUUGUUACAAAGUGGGAUUAAAAUGUCCUUUUUUGGUCAAUGAUCUACACAAAAUAUUUAUUUUUAAAUAAUUUCAAAGAAAACUGCUAGAUUUUGUAUUUAUUAAGGAAAAUAAUCAGUACAUGUUAAACACCUUUGGGUGUGAAUUGUUUUGGGUAAGUGUCUCUAAGAGCUUUGCACACCAGGAUUGUGCAAUAUUUGCCCAUUAUUGUUUAAAAAAAAAAAAAAAUCAAGCUCUGUCAAGUUCAUUGUUGGCCAUUGCUAGACAGCCAUUUUCAAGUCUUGUCAGAUCUUCAAGCAGAUUAAAGUCAAAACUGUAAUUAGGCCACUCCGGAACAUUCAAUGUCGUCUUUCUGAGCAGCACCAGUGUAGAUUUGGCAUUGUGUUUUAGGUUAUUGUCCUGCUGAAAGGUGAAUUAGUCUCCCGGUGUCUGUUGGAAAGACAACUGAACCAGGUUUUCCUCUAGGAUUUUGCAUUUGCUUAGCUCCAUUACGUUAAUUUUUUUCCUGAAAAACUCCCUAGUCCUUGCCGAUAAGUAUAUCCAUAACAUGAUGCAGCCACCACCAUGCUUGAAAAUACGAAGAGUGGUACUCAGUGAUGUGUUGAAUUGUCCCCAAACAUAACACUUUGUAUUCAGGACAAAAGUUAGUUUCUUUGCCACAUUAUUCACAGUUUUACUUUAGUGUCUUUUUGCAAACAGGAUGCAUGUUUUGGAAUAAUUGUAUUCUGUAUACUGUAUUCUUUUCACUCGUCAUGUAGGUUAGUAUUAUGGAGUAACCUCAUGGUGAAAUCCCUGAGGGGUUUCCUUCCUCUCAAGCAACUGAGUUAGGAAGGACGCCUAUAUCUCUGUAAUGACUGGGUGUAUUGACCUAAUGAAUAACUUCACCAUGCUCAAAGGGAUAUUCAGCAUCUGCUUUAUUUGAUUUUUAUCCAUUUACCAAUCGGUGGCCACCUUUGCGAGGAAUUGAGAAACUUCCCUAGUCUUUGUGGUUGAAUCUGUGCUUGAAAUUCACAGCUCAAAUGAGGGAUGUCACAGAUGAUUGUAUGUGUGGGGUAUGGAGAUGGGCUAGUCAUUCAAAAAUCAUGUUAACCACUAUUAUGCGACUUAUGUUAUUUGCUAAGCAAAUGUUUACUCCUGAACUUAUUUAGGCUUGUUAUCACAAAGAGGUUGAAUACGUAUUGACUCAAGCCAUUUCAGCCAUUUUUUUUUUCAUUUGUAAAACGUUCUAAAAUAAACUUAAAAAACAUUGACAUUAUGGGGUAUUGUGUGUAGAUCAGUGACACAAAAUGUAGUUCUUUAAUCCAUUUUAAAUUCCGGCUGUAACGCAACAAAAUGUGGAAGAAGUUCAAGGGAAUUGAAUACUUUCUGAAGGCAUUAUAAAUAAUGUAUAAUACCAGAAGUUGUUUAAUUGACAGUAGUUUGUCAUGCUUUUUAUACUCAAUGCCAGUGUCAUGUUUUUCUACAGUAAAUAUGCUUUUAAUGAACAAUAUUCAUUGUCUGUCUCAAUGUAGAAAGAUUUGUAAAAAUACACAAGAUGGUAAUGCAAUUUGAACAUGUUUGUUGUAUGCUGAAUAUUAGUUUCAAUUUUCAUGACCCUUCACUUGGUCAUUGUAAAGCAUUCUAAACCUGACACAUUCAUUUCCUUAUUCAUGGUUCCAAUUACAUAAUCACCUCUGGGAUCAUGAGAACCCAGAGUGUAAUACAGUGUUUAAUUCAAUGUUUUUUUGUGAACAAAUGUAGAUUUAUUUUGUCAUCCAGUUUGACCUCUCGUUUUGUAAUCCAAUCAACAUGCAUUAAUUCAUAAACAAAAACACUGCCA